GUGCCAUGCCAUGGUGUGCCAUGCUGAGCUGUGCCUUCCUGAGCUUUGCCAUGCCAUGCUGAGCUUUGCCAUGCCAUGGUGUGCCAUGCUGAGCUUUGCCUUGUUGAGCUUUGCCAUGCUGAGCUGUGCCUUGCUGAGCUGUACUGUGCUAUGGGGGUUGCGCUGCACUGCGCUGUGCCGUACCGUGCUGCGCUGUGCCAUCCCAGCGCACAGUGUUUGUGGCUGAGGGGCUGUGUGCUAUUGUUGUGCCCUGCUGUGCCCUGCUGUGUGCCCUACGGCCGUGCUCUGGCUGUGCUGUCCCCAGGGGUAGUGUUGUCACCUGCCUCCGGAACAGGGCACAGCCAGCACCCCCAGCUCUGCAUUUACCUGCCCUGGGAGGGAGAAGCGCUGGCCCAGAGGCUCUGCCAGCCCCUGCACAAGCAGGGCAUACAGCCCGGCAGGCUGGGGUGAGGGUCCUGGCUCGGCACUGCCGGGGGCUCUUGCAUGACCCCCGGUUUCCAGUGUGACCUGCAGGGGCUGUGGAGGAACGAGCUGGGCUCAAACAUGACCCUCUCGGCCCUGGACGCGGCUGGGACUUUCUCGGGAUCCUACCACACCGCCGUAGCAGCCACCAACAAGAAGAUCCUGGUGUCACCCCUCCAAGGGACCCAGCAGCACCCUGGUACCAAGAGGCAGCCCACCUUCAGCUUCACCGUGCAGUGGCAGUUCUCAGACUCUGCCACUGCUUUUGUGGGCCAGUGUUUCGUGGACCACCGUGGGAAGGAGACACUGGAGACCACGUGGCUCCUGCGCGAAGAGGUCCCAUCCCGCAGGGAUGCCUGGAAAGCCACCAGGGUCGGCACCUCCACCUUCACUCGCAUCAAGUGAUGGAGACAAGGACUGCACCUGCCAGCACCCUGCUGUCCCGCUGGCAGGCCAAGGCUCUCUGCUGCCCCAGGGCCGGGCUGCGAUCCCACCUGCUCCCCACAUCCUGGCUGGGAAACAUUCUCACACUGCCCUGCUUCCUGCCAGCGUCUCCCGCCAUGCUGCUGGUGGGCUUCCCUUUCUCAUGUCUCGCUGCCCCUGCUCAUGGAGCCAAAUAAACCUUUCUCUGCCCAGCAGAGAGCUGCGUCCUGUGUGUCCC